CACAUAACCGCGAUGCGAAGAGUGCACAGUCGGAAUCUUACGCUGAUAGCUCCUUGCGAGCUGUAUCGCGUUACCACAAACCAACACAAAAGCGAGAACGCGGUAUUGACCGAGGAGCUUGUAUUUUUACCCCGUUUUUUUUCCCCAAUGCAUCACUCUGUGAAUCCAAGCUCCAGGCUUGGCGUUGCCGGCGCAUUACAACACUUUUUUUAUCUGUAUGUAUUUUAUAUCAGACUUCUAAAAUGUGCUGUGCAUGGACAUGCAGCGUUUGGAGAAACCCAGUGGCCGGACCACAAAGCGCACAGACUUGACCACGUAGCUCAAUAUGAAAUUAUAAUUCCCCAGUGGAUGAGCCCUGCUCGUCAGAAGAGGUCACCUUCCAGCAAUAAGCCUCCUCCGGACGCGGAAAUCAAGAUAACAGCAGAGGGGAAAGAGCUGGUUUUACGCCUAGAAAGAAACGAGGUCCCUGCAGUGACAGGACCAGUCGGGCUGGACGCUCCCCAGCUGUGAGGGCAGCUAACACAAACACCGAUACUGAUGGCCACCCACUUAACAGCCAGCCCGAGCAAGCGCCUCGCUGUCCUGGGGAGGAGCCGAGCCGCGGUCUGUGUUUGUAUCAGCACUGCUGGAUUACUGCCAUGCAGAAGGAAGGCAAGAAGACACAAACCUCAUUUCACGAACAGGAAAGAUGUGUCUGAGAGGACUCUCACAGUGCAGCUUUUUGCACCUGAGUACACCGAGACCUGGUACAGCCCCAGCGGAGCCCUGCUCUCUUCCUCCCCCCAGAACGCGGAGCACUGCUUUUACCACGGGGCGGUGAGAGGCCAGGAGGGGUCAGGUGUGGCGCUGAGCACCUGUCACGGACUGCGAGGCCUGAUCACAGUCAACCACACGGUGAGCUAUCUGAUUGAGCCACUGCCCAACGGCACAGACGCCGACCAGCACGCUGUCUACCGAGUGGAGAGUCUGAGGCUGCAGCAGGGCACCUGCGGGCAUCGCCAUGGAGACCACACGGACAGACUGGAGGACAUAAUCGCUGGUCUGAUACACACAGAGCAACAUGGCAGAGAAAAGAGAGAUCUCAGGAAGAACACGAAAUAUGUUGAACUGAUGAUAGUCGCCGAUAAUGCAGAGUUUCAGAAACAUGGUCGUGACUUUGACAAGACCCGGAUGAAGCUACUGGAAGCUGCCAAUUAUGUAGACAAGUUCUACAAGGCUCUGAAUAUCCGGGUCGCCCUGAUCGGCCUGGAGAUCUGGACGGACCAGGACAAGAUCAGUGUGUCUGACAACCCCUUCAGCACGCUGUGCGCCUUCCUGGACUGGAGACGCAAACAGCUGCCCCGCUUGAAAAAUGACAACGCCCAGCUCGUGACGGGAGUCCCUUUCCAGGGGUCCACCAUCGGCCUGGCGCCUCUCAAGGCCAUGUGCUCCGAGUACCAGUCGGGGGGUGUGAACUCGGAUCACUCCCACGUUGCCAUCGGAGUGGCUGCUACCAUGGCCCACGAGAUGGGACACAAUUUCGGGAUGAGCCACGACAUCUCGGGGUGCUGUAUGGCCCGGCCGGAAGAUGGAGGCUGCAUCAUGGCCUCGGCGACAGGUCACCCUUUCCCACGAGUCUUUAACCGGUGCAACGAGAGGGAGCUGGAGAGGUACCUGGGCUCGGGCGGCGGGAAGUGCCUCUUCAACCCCCCCAACACUGAUGCCAUGUAUGGAGGCCGUCGCUGUGGAAACGGGUACCUGGAGGAGGGGGAGGAGUGCGACUGUGGGGAGGAGGAGGAGUGCUCCAGCCCCUGUUGUAACGCCAAUAACUGCACCCUGCGGGCGGGGGCGGAGUGUGCCCACGGGGUCUGCUGUCACAACUGCAAGCUGAAGAGUCCAGGGGUCCUGUGUCGGGAGCCCUCUGGUCAGUGUGAUCUCCCAGAGUACUGUGACGGGACAUCGGAAUUCUGUCCCGCCAACUUCUACCUGAUGGAUGGGACGUCCUGUGAGGGGGGCCGGGCCUACUGCUACACUGGCAUGUGCCUGACCCUGGAGCAGCAGUGCCUGUUACUCUGGGGGCCGGGUGCCCGGCCCGCCCCAGAUCCCUGCUUCGAGAAGGUGAACGUAGCGGGAGACCAGUAUGGGAACUGUGGGAAGGACCUGAUGGGGAAGUACAGGAGGUGUGAGAGCAGGCAUGCCAAGUGUGGGAAAAUCCAGUGCCAGAGUUCAGCCGCGAAGCCUCUGGAGACCAACGCUGUUUCAAUAGACACCACCAUCACCUUAAAUGGGCAGCAGUUCAAGUGUCGGGGGACACACGUGUACCCAAUGGGUCAGGGGGACGAAAGUGUGGGGGACACACUGGACCCAGGGCUGGUGAUGACGGGGACCAAGUGUGGAGAGCGGGAGAUCUGCUUUGAGGGGCAGUGCCGGAAUUCCUCCUUCCUGCAGGCAGACGACUGCAGGACCAAGUGCAAUGGGCACGGGUUGUGUAACAACAAUCACAACUGCCACUGCGACGCAGGCUGGGCGCCCCCGUUCUGUGACCAGAAGGGCACUGGAGGCAGCCUGGACAGCGGAUCCAUCACCACGCACAGCAGCCUGCUUCCUGUGCUGUUGCUCCUCCCCCUGCUCCUGGCCGCAGGAUUGGCUGCUGUCGGGCUGUGGUGCUGCUACAAACACAGGCUCCACCCCCUGAAGAAGAGCUCCGCCCCCCCGCUGGAGGCGCCGCAAACCAGGUGACAUCAUCAUCCUUCAUCAUGCAUUGAGAAAGACCUGUAGCAAACACAGACUGACCAGCAGGAGGGGCAUCUUUGUAGAGAUGAUCCUUUAAAUCAGACACUGAAGUCUACUGUUAUGUAUGGCCAAUUCAUACCGUGCUAAGUAAAAGUCAUGAUUCAGCUCUUUUCAUUCAGUGUUUUUCCUUAAUGCAGAAUCACAAUUUCAUGGCAAAUGCCAUUUUGUUUUAUGGUUAAAGGGGAACAGCAGUCUUAACUUCUCAGACUGGUUAUUAAAUCUCAGUGUAAAAAAUAAAUUAAUUGAUUGAUUUGAUUUUACAAAUUCCAAAUUAAGCACAAAAGCAGGAACUUUGAAAGUUCUGUAAGUCGCCACGUUGUCCCAAACACCUGGUCUCACCACUGGCGAGGUCGAGACUUCAAACGAAUUGUGAUGUUAUUCAACCUUUCCUGCUCACUAGUCACCUUAAUCACUGGUGUAAUACGAUGUACGAGCAAAUAAGUACAGGUUGUGCAGCAGACGUUUCACCACAGAAAUGUUCCAAUGUGACUCUGCGUGCAGAGUUAAAAGCUAAGUUCUAUUUACUGGCAAAACCGUCUUUGAGUCGAGAGCAAUAUUUCUGUUGGAUUAAAAGAGAUGA